AUGAUUGCCAUUUUGGCUUUAUUCCAACUUUUCCAAGGUUUAGGUAAAGGAGAUUGUCAAGAGAAUUGGCAAUGUGGAAAUGCACCAUUUUCAAUUUGUCAAAGUAAACUAAAUGUGUAUAGAGGCAUUGGUUUCGAUGAAGAGUCUGGUCAAUUAAUCUUUAUGGGGAAGUUUAAUGGCUCUAAUGGGCCAGUAGGAGCAACUCAUAUCGUUCAAAUGCCCAAAACUGGUGGUUCCAUUUCAUCAAAGUUCCCAAUCCUCUCGGAUAUUGAACAAGGUUCUGGCUAUAGUUUUGCUUACAUGUUAAAUGCUUGGUUAACAAAAUCAAAUGUUGCUUGGAUCUCUGCUGCUCAAAGAAUGGCUCCUGCCGUUGGUCCUUAUAAUCCUACUACUAAAACUUUAGAGGGAAUUUGGUAUACAAGAGGAUUUAAUCUUGGAUUAUUAUUUGAUGAAAUUAAUUCAAGAACAUUUGUUUGCGAGUUUGAUGUAAAUAGAUACAAUUUAAUUCCAAAGGUCAUUGAAGAUCGUUUUAUUGCACCGAUUACCAUGUAUCGUGGACAACAAUGUAGAUUCUUGGGUGUGGUUGGUAAUGAUUUGUAUCUUGCAUCUAUGCAAUAUGGAGAGGAAUCUGUCAGCACUACCAUCUUCAAGGGUUCAAUUAAUUGUGUCAAUUGUACAGCUGCCAAUUUGGUUUCAUUUAUGGUAUUUCCAGAUGAAAUUUCAGCCUUCCAUGUAUCGUCUACUCAUUUCUAUUUUGGAGGUCGUCGUGUCUAUAGCCCAACCUAUUCUGGUAUUUGGACUGUACCCAUUUCCGGUGAUUUGUCACAACUCCGAUUCCUCGUGAGUGACAAGAUUCAAUCGAUGGUGGUCGAUGCCGCCCAACAAUAUGUCUACUAUCAAACCGAUGACAAUGUAUUCAAGAGUGCAUCUAUCCAAGGCAACCAUCCCAUCGUCACAACCCUCUACAGUGAACAUUCACCAUCGGCAUCUGGCAGUUGUGCUUGUGCCCCUGGAUUCACAGGUGCAACCUGCAGCACUUGUGAUGGCCGUGUCCGUUGGGUCGAUGGAAAUCCACAAUGUGUCAAAUUACUCGCCAAUGGAAACCCAGAAACCUGUUUCUAUGAUUGGGAAUGUAAUAAUCCACCAUACACUUAUUGUUCUGGUCAAUGUCAAUGUCGUAACAAUUUUGUUGGUGAUAGAUGUGAUCAAUGUUUUGGUACCAUUGAAUGGAGUUAUGGUUAUCCAUCUUGUAAUGUUCCUGGUAUCUAA